AUGGAGGCUCCACCCACUGCUGAUGUGAAGGGAGGGGCGGAGGUCCACAGGCCCAGCAGCUGCUCAGUUCACACAGACUAUCAGCAGCUCCACGCUGCAGACGAAGAAGAAGAGAAGAUGGAGCGUCUGGGAUUCCUCGUCUGCUUGAUCUGCGUUGCUUCUGCGACGACUUCCAUCGACCCCCGAGGAGCCCGUCCCGUGGAGCCCAGCACCAGAAGCGAUAAAUGUGCCACGCAGAAGGAGUGGCCGUUCUGCACCACCGACGACUGGGGCUCUAAAUGCCCCUCAGGCUGCAGGAUUCAGGGUCUGCUGGACAAGAACGACCACAGCCUGCUGAAGAGAAUCGAGAAGAUCCGCAGCCUUCUGGACCAGAAUGCAGCCAAACACCGCUCCACCGACGCAGGGUCCAAACAGACCUACGACUACAUCAGGGAGAAGCUGAUCCUGGACUCUGGCAGCAGCAACAACUACUAUGACCUGGCUCAGACGCUCCGCCAGAGGAUCACCGACAUGAAGAUCAAGAUCGACCGACAGAUGAGGACUCUGGCCGCCAUGAAGGACCGGGUCCGGGACCAGGUGGCCGAGAUGCAGAAGUUGGAGGUGGACAUCGACAUCAAGCUCCGCUCGUGCAAAGGAUCCUGCGCCAAAUACUCGGAGCACCAGGUGGACCGGGACAGCUACGUCACGCUGGACAAGCAGAUCCAGCAGCUGGACUCUCAGUCGGCCCAGUCCAUCGAGUCGGUGGGAACGCUGUACGUGAUGAAGAGUCGCCCGCUGAAGGACAUCGUCGUGGACACCCACUACAAGUCCAAGGACCUGGACGACCCGGCGGCGGCUCAGCAGAAGGUCGACGUGUUCACCGAGGUGAAGACAAUGAAUUUGAUCCUGGAGGAGGAAGGCUCCAGCUCAUCGCCGGCAACCAUCUCCAAGGUCCCAGGUACCUCCUUCUCUUCGUCCUCCUCCUCCUCCACGCAGAGCGCCAGCUGCACCAAGAGCAUCAGGGGUGGAACGAGCUCCAUCACCGAGCUGGGCGGCGGCGGGGAUCUGUUUGGCCCGGGCGGGUUCGGCAGCUUCGGCCAGCCCAGCACGAGUCACGUGACCACGCAGAGCGUCAGCUGCACCAAGAGCAUCAGGAGGAGGGUGGUCCAGACCGACCAAGGCCCCGUGGAUAGGGUGGAGGAGGUGAUCGAGGGUGGUCCCGAGUGCCAGGUCUUGGGGGACACCAGCCACACCUCCUCCUCCUCCUCCUCCUCCUCCUCCUCCUCCUCCUCCUCCUCCUCUUCCUCAACAAAGACCCUACUCACUGGCGGCGCUAAAGGCAGCAUCCUGGGAGACUCAAAAACCGCGUUCAUGGAUCCGUUCGCCAGCGACUUCGGAGCGUUCAUGACAGACACCGUUGAGGACGACGUUCCAGAUUUUCAAGCCCGGAGCAUGGUGGCCACACGUGUCCAGCGGCAGGCUGAUUAUGUAGGAAAAGAUUGCAUGGCGGCGUUCCAGCACCACCUGCAUGGGGAAAAGAGUGGCCUAUUUCAGAUCAAACCCGUCGGCGCGGCGGCGCCGUUGCGGGUUUACUGCCAUCAGGAGGGGCUGAUGGGUGGCUGGUUGUUAAUCCAGCAGCGGGACGGUGGCGCGCUCAGCUUCAACCGCACCUGGGCCGAAUACCGCCGUGGCUUCGGCUCGGUGGACGGACUCGGGAAGGGCGAGUUCUGGCUGGGUAACCUCCACCUCUACCUGCUGACCAAUCAGAGCGAGACCCUGCUGAAGGUGGAGGUGGAAGACUGGGAGGGGGGCGUGGCCAGUGCGGAGUACGUUGUGCGCGUUGGGACGGAGGAGGAAGGCUUCCCGCUGUGGGUGUCUGGUUACGUCGGGGACGCCGGCGAUGGGUUGACAUCCCACAGCGGCAUGAAGUUCAGCACCUUCGACCGAGAUGCCGACCGCUGGGCGGGGAACUGCGCGGCGGCGUAUGGCGGCGGUUGGUGGUACGAUGGCUGCCAGACAGCCAACCUCAAUGGCGUUUACCACCAUGGUGGGAAAACACCUCCUCAGGCGCACAACGGAGUCGUGUGGACGACGUGGAAACGGUCCGACAAUGGCCUGAAAACCGUCCGCAUGUUUAUCCGCCCCAACACGCUGUAA